AUGGCGGCCGAGCUUUAACUCCUCUUCAAGUGCUGUUUACGAAGUACUGUGACUGACUGGAAACUUCAACGAACUUACAUACUACGACUCUCUUCUGGAUACUCGGAACUCGGACUCCCGCCUUCAACCCAUUGGCUACCUGCACUUCAGAACCCGAUCGAGCCGCCGCAACACGAAAGCCUCGUGCCCUGCAUUAGCCCCUUCCGAGUGCCCCGGACCCUGAAUCCGUCCAAAUAUACCCGGAAAGGUGUACCUCAUACCCUGGGCCUCGUUCAAGAGCCCGUUGUUGUAUGGUUCUAUACUCCGAGAAACCGCCCAAUGGUGGCCAUACUCUCAGCGACGCCCGAACACUCAGAGCGGUCGCUAAACCAGUUGAAUGAAUGCAACCUCUAAACCCAUUCCUGAGCGCCUUCUCCAAGAGCCCUAUCCUCGCCCAGUGUCUGCCGACCCAACAGCACAUCCUCCUUGUCCCCGCCGCCGAUGUCCUUCUCAACGCCCGCGACAGCGAUACGGGCGCGCCACUGGUGGCCUCCAUAACCUCGGAUGACUUCCUGGCGAGCCAUGUGCUGCGCAUCCCCAUACCGAAGCCGCAGGGGCCGGGAGGGAAGGAUGUCGCCCAGAGCCUCCGAGAGAUGCGCGGGAAGCCCAAGGUGUACGGCACAUUCAAUGGCAGGAGUCUCGUCAUCAAGGACAAUUGCAUCUAUACCAACAAGGGCUUCAAGGCGUUGACCCAAGCCAUUCUGCUCCACGAUGCCAUCUGGUACCCCGACACCCUCGAUCCUCGACCGUUCCUAAUCUACUACAUUUCGCGUCCCUUGGUGGGAUCAUGGGAGGAAGUUCAUGUCCCACCCGCCGUGUUGCCCCCGGCGCCCGAAGGAGAUGGCCGAGUCGCAAAGGCACCCGAAGUUCAGGAGCAGUCCUCCGGCUCGCCCAAAAAGAAGGAUAUAAGGACGUUUCACGAGCUGCUCAUCCAUUUCCCGGCCAUUGCCAAGCAGAUGCAGGCCGGCCUAGAGAAGCUGUUCCGCGAAUUUACGCUUGUCUUCGAACGCCCCUUGCCGCCGCCACCAUCCGCCAACGAGAUACCGGAUCCGGAGCCGGAUGGACCGAUAACUACGGCACUGAAGCGAGCGAGGUCGGACAGCGAUGUUAGUCAAGGCGACGCCAACGGGGUUAAUGGGGGCCAUGUACCCGGGGCUUUCCAGGAUGACGAGACCAUCAUGAGGACCGCUAUGGAGACCGCCGUCACAGCUGCUAUUGACCUGUUCCAGAGUGUCGAUAGACAGCAGCUUUCGCUCUUGGGUGCUACUACGGAUCUGACCGGGCCGCUUGUCGAGCGACUGAUCGAGCGCUACAUCGCCGAAAACGUGCAUCACAUGGUAUUUCCACGACUCGCCGCGCUUAGGAGGCUGGAGGAUCUGGAGCUGGAGGCCAAAAUCAGGCAGAUGGAUUUCAUCGACAUCUCGCAGCUGGGCGUCGCUAUCGACGGGGGCAACCGUGCCAAACGUGAUGUCGUCAAUAGGCUUGGCCGAGCCGUCGAAGAGUUCCGAAAGAUGCCCCAUGCCAGCUGUCCGCAGGAGAUGAUGGAGAUCCUUUUGUCCACGACCAAAGCGGCAACUCAGCUCUCGGAUGCUCCGCAGCCGGGGCAGCCAGGGUCGGCGACUGAGAAACCAGCCAUGACGAUCAACGCGGACACUUUGGUAUCCCUGUUGCUCUACGUUGUGAUAAAAGCACAGAUCAAGCAUCUGCAGGCGAGGUUGGCCUACAUACAGAGUUUCGUUUUUGUUGAUGAUGUGGAAAGCGGCGAGAUGGGAUAUGCCCUCAGCACUUGCGAGGCGGUUUUGUCAUACCUCGACCGCGACUCCGGCGGGCUGCGGAGAGCGAGCCGCCGAAACAGGGCUCUGUGGGACGCUGUAUCAAAAGGUGACAUUCCCGAGUUGAGGAAAAUAAUGGAGCCGGACGAGGACGCCAUCGAAGAUGACAAGGCCGUGUUCGGGUCAUCUCACUCUCGGAGGCAAUCGUCCAGCGGCUGGAGUUUCACCAACGGGAUCUCCAGGCGGUCCUCAUUGAGCUUCACCACCUUGGAGAGCUUCUCCCGGGGUUCCGGUCUGAGCCAUGUGUUCCCGUUCCAGAAUGGGGACGCAGACGAGGAAGAGGUGUUCCUGCCUCCGCCUAAGCGAGUCAAAAAGGUGGCCAUGGACACAAGGAGCAUGUCCAGCGGCUCCGAGGUCUCGUUCCGGUCGAUGCCUAUGAGCAUUGGUACAAUCAGCGGAAUUGAGGGGGACACGUCGAUUGAGCGGCUCGCUCAAACCCAAGAUGCCUUUGGAGAGUCGGUCCUUAUGAUGGCUAUCCAAAAUAAGCAGCCGCGGGCCUUGAAGUAUCUCCUUUCGCUGAGGAACUACUACUCUGCCGAGGUUAUCCUGGACGACCAAAACAACGAGGGGACCACGCUGUUCAGCGCUGCUGUGCAGCUAGGUGACGAGACCAUCGUCAACACCGUCCUCGACUUCCUACUGGAAUCUACGAGCGACAGCCGGAUCAGCCGCUACCUCGCCAUCCAGGACACCUGGGGCAGGAGCGCUGCUCAUUAUUUGUUUCACACACCGUUUCUGAUACAGCGCAUCGGCAGGCUGUUGCCGUGGCGCCAAAAGGACAAGAACGGACAGACGCCGUUGUUUGCGCUGUGCCGGUCGUACGAUCACCCGAAUUAUGCCAUCAUGGUCAGGGACGCACUAGAGGCGGCUACUAGGACCCAGGGGGAUGGCCAGCCGCUGCACCUGGACAACCACGUGGAUAUCAAGGGAAACACGCUGUUACACAUCGUCAACGAUGCCCAUCUGGCCAUGAUGAUCCUCCAAAAAUGCGACGUCGACGUCAACGCUACAAACGAGAAGCGUUUCACGCCCCUAAUGCUGGCCAGCAAAUACGGCCGCUUCGGCAUGGUCCGGGCCCUUUUCGGCGACCCGCGCGUCGACAUUGCUGCGCGGGAGUUGCGGGGACUGACGGCCGUCGAGCUGGCCAAGGACGACGAGGUGCGGAACAAGAUCGAUGACCUGACGCUGUUCUCCCAGAUGCCCUGCAUGGAUUCUCGGACCACCGGCGUCGUCCGCGCCUAUUUCGUCGAGGACGCCUCAGUCCGCUUCGUGCUCAAGUCGGGCGCUCCGGUCGAUAACCAGAGCUUUGCUGUCACCACUUGCCGGCGGUCGCUAACCGACUUUGAGCAUCUGGCUAAGCUGCUGCAGAUGGAGAACCCGGCGUCGUGGAUCCCUUCCCUGGCGGAUUUGCGCUCCCCGAUACAGAUCCCCUCGAAACCGAGCCGUGCGGUGCUAAAGGACCUACAGAUCAGAAUGGACUGGUUCUUGAGGGUUUUGCUACAGCACCCGACAUUUGCGACGCACGAGAUGCUGUGGGAAUUCUUCCUUGUGCCGGACCUGCAGUUGGAUAUGAUGGCGGAACGGAGCAAGCUCAAGGCAGACGCGCAGAUGGAGAAGGUGCACGACGAGUUUGAGCCGGUCGAGGACCUGCGCGAGGUCGAACAGUUCAUCGACCACGCGCGGGACAUGGUGCGCAGCGUGCACUUUUCUACGAGGAGCGUCGCGCGGCGGGCGAAUGUCGUCGGCAACGUCGUCAUCGACCUCUUCGAAUCAUCAACCCUCUUCGCCCGCACCCUCUCCACCCUGCCCUUCCUCCCCGCCGGCCACGUAACCGCCUUCGCAACCUACGUGCGGGCCCUCACCCCAUCCCACUCCUCCCCGCACGCCACCUUCUUCACGACCUUCCUGACGCUCUACAACAACGUCGAGUCGGUCCUCAAGGCGCUCGCCCGCCCGCCCCAGACCGUCUCGCGCAUCCACGCGGUCCGCCGCGACGCCGAGCGCAGCUACAACUCCCUCAACCGCUCGUCGCGCUGGCCGCUCGGCCUGAGCCUGCCCGUGCUGGACGAGACGCGGCAGCGGCAGAACGAGGAGCGCGAGGAGAAGGCCCGGCGCAGCGAGGGCGAGGCCGACGGCCUGUGCAGGGAGCUGCGGUACGCGCAGCAGACUGUUGCUGGGGAAUUGGCUGGGUGGAGAGAUAUGCAUGAAAGGAUGGGACGGCGGGCGAUUAGAGACCUGGCGAGGGGGGUGGUGGUUGGGGAGAGGAUGCGUUUGGAGGGUAUGCAGAGGGCGUUGAGGGUUGCGAGGGAGGGAUGGGGUGGUACGGCUGAUGUGGCUGGUGAUGAGGGGGAGAUGGGGGGAGAUGGUAAUGGGUGGGGUAGUGGUGGUGGUGGUGGUGGUGGUAAUGGGGGAACGGAGCAGGCUGGGGAGGGAAGUCGGAGUUGGUGAAGUCGUAGGAUAUAUAGAAAUGCGGUGAGUUGUACGAGGGACGGUGGCAUCGGAAACAUUCCGUUUGUAUUUUUGGUAAGGCGCUCAGGUUCCCUUCUACAACUCAUCAUCCAUCCACACACAGACCAACGAAUACAGUCUAUCACACACCAU